AUGGCGGGAAAGUGGGCACUGGAGUUCAUUGGACGCAUCCCCUGGCUCAUGCAUGAGGCAUGGAAAGGUCUGACGACGAUGGCCUCCUGGGACAGGUCUAGCCCGGGACUCCGGGGCGCCAAAGCUUUCUUAUUCAGACGCGGCUCCUCCUGGCAAAUCACGCUUUGCUUGCUAUUGAACUUGCCGCUGUUCCACUCGGUCUUGGGACCAACAUUCAAGAUGUCAUGGAAAAUCAACCUGGCGUGUAUUCUAGCCAUCGACAUUAUACACUGCGUAGCAUGCUCGGCCGCCAAGAUAGCAGUCCUCGCGAUGUACUACCGCCUUUUCUCAGCUUCAAAGGUUUUGCGGUGCUGGGUAUGGGGAACAACGAUCGCAAUCUUGCUGUGGCUCAUUGCUGUGAUUUUUGUCAGCACUUUCUCGUGUCUGCCUGUGGAGUACCACUGGGAUAAGUCGCUUCCGGGCAGCUGUAUGGGGAUCAGCAAAAUAGGGAUUCUAUUCCCGAACAUCCUCUUCGACAUCAUAGCCAUGGUCCUUCCCAUCAACGAGAUAUGGAGGCUUCAAAUGCGACGGACCAAGAAAGCGGCACUCACAGGCAUCUUCUUGAUCGGCGGCAGCGUAAUCCUCAUCUCCAUCUCCCGACCGCUUCUCUUCUGGAUCUUCCGUCCAGUGCCCGGUAUAGCGCACAACGUCAGCCAGACAACCAUCUUCCCCUACACGGCAUCGGCCGCCGAAGUCUGCCUCGACAUCAUCGGCGCCUGCCUGCCGCCCUGUGCGUCUCUCUUCAGGCGCUUCUUUGGUGGCGUCGUGAGCGUUGUGAAAUCAGGACAUCAUUACUCCACCUCGCGGGGCAAAUCCAGCGGCAAAGAUUCGUCUACAAAGAGGUCCAGCAAGGUACACGCACUCACCAUCGGUAAAGCGAGUAACCGCAAGCGGGCCGCCGCCGCCAAUGACACAAUCGAUCUCGAGGGGUCUUUUGAACGGCUCGGGGACGGUGUGAGCUGGCAAGGGUCGACGGACGACUUGUAUGGGAUGGAUGAUCUUCAGCACAGCAAAGCGAACGUGGUUGAUGGCAAGGAACGUGAUGGGAUAUGCGUCAGGCAUGAUAUCCAAAUUGAUCAUGGGGGCACAGUUACGGAGGAAGACAUUAGAAAGUGGCACCGAGGAGACGUCUUCGACGGGAGAUCUAGCAGACUUUCGGGAGAAGCUAGGGGAUUGUGA